CUCACAUUUGCCAUGGCCGACAGUUCAAGAGCUGGUGUGGUAGCGACGUGAGAACAUUUUAAGCAGCAUUUAUCCCGGUUUUGUCAUUGUCAGCUGAAGAAUAUCAGGUAAGAAAGGAAUACUCCAGCAUGAGUGAUGGGAUGGGAUGGGGAGGCUGUAAUCUGUCGGCCCAUUUACAUACUGAUGAAUGCAAUGAACUUAUAACUCUGCUCAAACAGUGCCAUAAGGAGCACAACUUCCUUAAGUUCUUCGGGACGUGUAAUGAUGCGGAUCGUCUGAUGCGGGAGUGUCUUAAGAAGGAGUAUGCGGCAAAGAGGGAGAGGAGUAAGGCUCAUGCAGCUGCGAUGAGGAAGCGCUUGAAGGAAGGACCUAAAGUUCAACCCUAAGCUGAAAACACCUUCGCAGAACUGGCUAAGCUAGAAUACGAGUGGACUUUGCCUUUCAGAAGGGAUGCACAGUGUUGUCUGUGAAUUUGUGAACGUCUCAUAUGCUGUGCAGGAUGUAGUGAUGGGUUGCUGGAUGUAAUGAUUAUGGACCCUGGAGUAAUUUAUAGAGAACCAGUUUCAGUACAGUGUGUUGAAACAUAUGAUAUUGGAGAUGUUAUUAGGAUUAUCUUGCAACUAAUUAUACCAAUAACUCAGUAUGGUGUGUGUCUGCUGUGUGUGAAUACUUGUGAAAAAUCUUUUUCUGCAUUAUGUUUUAAGUAAUGAACAUCCAAAACCCAAAAUUGGAGAUUUAUGCUUAAAAUAAUGAAGCGAAGUUUCACAUUGCUGAAUGGGGAAGAAUUAAGCAAUACAAAUACAUGAGGAAUACAAGAACUGCAUUAAUUGUCAUUUAUUAGAUACCGCUCACCCACCCCACAGAACGAAGACAGAGUAUCCUACUGACACAGAGGAAAUACGACUUCUAAGGCACCCAGAAAUAUUCAGAGACUAGACGGAGGAAUGGGAACAUUAUGCUCCUGCAGUGUAGAUGCUGCGGGACUGGAUCAAAUACAUAUCACCGUCCAAAAAAAACAUGUAUCUCCUAAAUAGCAAUUUUACAGGAGAAGGCAAAAACCUUACAAGUUAAGCAGGUUAUGUCAAGAGAUUUUAUUCCAAUUAAUUUUGGAAUAAAUGUUUUCAUAGAAAGUCAAAGGCAGCUGCUAAAUUCGAUUGAUGUAGAAAAAAUAAACAAGGAAAAAAAUGGAGAUACAUUUUUUUUUGUUGACAGCAACAAUAUACACUCUAGGAUGAGGAGGGGAAAAAAAGCUUACUUAUUUAAAACAAAACAAAAAAAAGAACAGCCUAAUGAUAUUAAAAUGAUAGAAACCCAAAUGGAUAUAGGCUACAACCGAGUACAUGAAUGCCAUUUUUGAACAACAAUGGAGCAACAACAAAUACACAUUUUCCUUAAUUUUCCAUUGUUACAAUUGUUAUUAAAUACCACAAUUUCUUCCCGUGUGCUUAAAAUGGAGUUGUUUUACACAAAGUUCCAACAUGACUAAAAAAAUUUUUAAAUUGCCACAAUCAUAAAUUAUAGUAUUACAGAUUAUAGUAUUGUAACCACAAAGUAAAUUUUGCUAUAUUAUAUAUGUACAAUGUAUUUGCUCUGAAAACACAAAGUUGGCUCUUAAAAGCACAGUAUUGAUAAGUUACGACAAAACUCAAGUAGUUCACUACAGCCAAAUCUUCCUUAAAUCACAGCUUUAAAAAGCAUUCAAAUAAAAUCAACUACUUGAUAAAAAGGUAGCCACACACACAAAAAAACAAACAAACAAAAAAAGACACCAAUAUUUGCCUAAAUUUGCAUGUGUAUUGCAUACUGGGACAGGGCAGUUAGAUACAUUAUCCCACAUAUAACCUGGAUACCACAACACUCAUCUGAAUCACUGAAAAGAGGAAGAACAGCAGAGAACCACAGGAGGAUGAGUAUUUAUAUGUAAUGGCACUGUUGAUCCACAGGAUUGACUGUGAGAUAUUUUGUGUCACUCAAUAAAUAAAAAAAUAAACUGUGCAAGAUUUCUAACAUUACUUACUAUGGCAAUACCAAAAAAAAAAAAAAAAAAAAACAAAAAAAAAAAAACAUACCC